CAACCAUCCUUUGCUCUUUUCCUCCCUGUCCUAAAAUUUGGCUCUGCCUCUCGCUUCUUCCUCUGUUUUUGGUUUACUUUUUUAUCUUUGCUUUCUAUUAUUAUUUUGUCUCCUAAGUACGGUUUCGUAUAAGCGUAUUCUUGAUUCAUUCAAAAGUUUCUUUAAUUUUUCUGGGGGUAAAAUUCAGAUCCCUUGGCGUCCUUCUUGUUCCUUGAUUUUUUUUAACUUUUUAUUUUCCAUGUUUGUAUAGUCUCUCGAGUAAACCGUUUCGAUAAACUUGUGCAGCUUAUUUAUUUGGUCAAAAGAAAAGAAAAGUACAGCUUUUGUGUUCUGGUAACCAAACCAGCUUUUGAUUUAGCUUUACCUUAACCACCAUGGCCGGCAGAAAACUGUUUGCUUCCAUCUAAUUGUUUAUCUUCAUUCAUGAGCAGCUUCUAAUUUAAUCCACAUGUUCAUGUUGCGUACGGAAUCUCCUUUAGCAUUGAAUGCAAAUGCUGACCCCUAACCCCAUUAUUUUCUAUUCGCAGCUAAAAAAGAAGAAAGGGAAAAAUAUAUAUAAGAGUUGUUUCUUCAGCUGCAAGUUUCUUUCUAUACCGUGAUAGUAGAGAGAGGCAACAUGGGAGAUCAUUUCGUGCUGCUGGUGGAUCGGUUGAUAACAGAAUCCACCAUCGAGGCUGCUAUUCAGAGCAGGAACCGUAUGUUGCAAGCUAGUACACCCGUCGAGGAAUGUACGGUCCUCGAUGAGAAAACGCUUGAGAAGCUGCGUAACGGUGAUCUGUCAAUGGCUCAGUGCAGGAUCUGUCACGACGAGGAUUUGGAUUCAAACAUGGAGACUCCUUGUUCUUGCAGCGGCAGCUUGAAGUAUGCGCAUCGGAGGUGCGUGCAGAGAUGGUGUAACGAGAAAGGUGACACCAACUGCGAGAUAUGCCAUCAGGAAUUCAAGCCAGAUUAUACAGCACCGCCUCCGUUGCUAGAGCUGGGUCACGUUCCGCUCCAUUUCAGGGGAAACUGGGGGAUCUCUCAACGGGAGCAUCGUUUCAUCACAGUUGUACCUGCUGAUUCCACUUUUAUCGAUCAACAAUAUCCUCUUUCUUCCACCACAAGCUUCAUAUGCUGCCGUUCCCUUGUCCUCAUUUUCAUGGCUCUUCUCAUUCUCCGACAUACCCUCCCUCUAGUCCUCACCGGAUCAAACCUCCAUGUCUUCCCUUUGUUCACGUUGUUGUUUCUAAGAGUACUCGGAAUCAUGCUACCCAUCUAUGUCGUCACCAAAGCAGUCGCUACCUGCCGUCGCCAUUCUCAGACCUUAGACACCUCUUACCCGGAAGAUUCAUCGGAUGAUGAAACAGAAUCAUGGCGCCUGCCUCAAACGCAAUCUUACAUUAUAGGCGUGCGAUGAGCACCAUUAUUUUCUUUCACACACACAAGUCAAAUGUCACUGUAAAUAUAAUUUCUGGCUUGUACAUGUAAAAUGUUGGAUUGGUUUAACAGAUUAAAAAAAGAAAAGAAAAUUAUCUCA